UUAGCAAAAAUGAAUAAUAAAAUGAGUUAUUUAUUAAAGACGGUGCGGUGCAUGCACAGGUGCUGUGCUGUGCGGGCACCCAGCUCCUCUGCUACACCAAGAGCUUUAGGGAUUGGCGGAUACAAGGAUCCCAUGGAAAAGGCCAACUUUAGGAUUUUUUCUUUUAAUAUUUUUCAUUGCCUGCACGAGCCCUCUCCCCGGUUCCUGUCUCAAAAGGCGAGUGUUUUCAUCCCGGGCACCAAAACGCAGCAGGAGGCGGCGGCUCCCGGGAACUGUGCGGAGGCGGCCGCGGGGAGCCGGGACGCGCAGCGGGCGGCAGAGCCCGGGGAGCUGUUCGUGAGCAGGCUGCAGAGCUGCGCGUGCCCCCGUGACGCGCUCGAGCUGGCCUCCGAGCGCGCCGUCUCCGCCAGGCACGCCGCCCACGGCCUCGGCGCCGUGUGGCGCCUCUUCCGCGGCCUCCCCGAGGAGCAGCGGCGCCACGAGAAGCGGCUCAUCUUGGAGCACCGCGGCUUCGUGGGGCUCUGCCAGCAGCUGCUGCGCGCCGCGCGGCGCCUCGCGCGCGGCGACCUCGUGUUCAGCCUGCACGCCGUGGUGAGCCUCGGCGUGCCCCAGAACACCCUCCUGGUGCAGACCCUGCUCAGGGUGUGCCAAGAGAAGCUCAAUCAACUGGAUAACCGAUGCAUCUCAGUUUUGGCAACUGUUUUAACAGGGCUGGAUAAAGACAAGAAUGUAAGCGCUCUUCAAGCUGGAUUACGGUUACUAGUAGAGCAGCGAAUCCCACAUAUCAGAGACAUUUUUAUACUGCAAAACCUGAUGAGAUGCAUGGGAAAAGAUGCUCCAGUCUCUUUGAAAAAGAAAUUAGAGAAGGCUGUUUUAAAGGAGGUAGACGAUCUGACACUCCUGAAUGCUCAGCGUGUGUUUUUUGCUCUUGCUGCAAUGAAUUAUUGUUCCAUUCCAAUCCUGAAUGCCUGCAGUGAAAAGAUUCUAGAAAAUAUCCGUGAUGCUCCAUUUCGGCAGUUAAUUCUUAUUCUGGAAGCUUGCCGCGAUCUCCAGUAUCGUAAUAUAAAAUUGUUCUCAGCAGUAGCAAACUAUGUGACUUCCACUGCCUGCCUUUGGGACAGAAGACAGAUUAUCCUGCUUCUCUCUGCCUUUGCGAUGCUUGGCUUUCAGCCUACUGAACUGAUGGAUAUUUUUGCUGAGAAGGUGACAGAAGACCCUGAAUUUCUGAACUUGAAAUAUCUUUUGAUUAUUCUCCGAGUUUAUUCACAACUCAACUAUGUUCCCAGAGGCCAAAAGCAACUGUUUAUUGAGACUCUUCAUAGCUGCUUGAAUAAGUACCUCCCCAGUAUUUCCAGCACGGAACUGCUGAAAGCAGUGUAUUCACUUUGCAUCUUAGGGUAUCUUCCUCAUCCUGCGCUUGAUCAGCUGCUGCAAAAGGAAAACCUUGAUGAACUACAGUCAGGUGAUCUUUACAAGGAUCAAAAGGAAAUGAUGCUUCAGUGUGUGAAAGCAUGUGUGGAACUUGAUAGCCCCACCUUCACAAAGCCUGAGCUUGAGCUGGCUGAGGACUGCUCCUCCUUAGCACCUGAUAAGCGCAGAAAGGCUCGGGAGGCCCUUCUAGAACUGCUGGGAGAUGAGAACAUGUUUCGAGAAAAUGUUCAGCUGCUGCAUAAAUACCACAUUGAUUUUGAAAUUCGAGUUGAUUCAGAGAGAAAGAAAGUGCUCCCAAGAACUGCAACAGAUGAUCAUGCUGACUCCAGUGUGGAAAGGUUGGCUUUUCUCUUUGUUCCUCUCUCUGCAUUCUGCAUGGGUACGACGCACCCCCAAGGGAAGCUGGCAGUGAAGAAGCGGCACCUCACUAAGCUGGGUUAUGAAGUGAUUGUGGUCAUGAACAAGAAGUUUCAGGAAAUGACAAAUGAAGAUGCAGUUGAGUUUCUAAAGGGAAAAAUUUAUUCAAGAAGUGCUUUCCCUUUUUCUGAAGUGAAUGUGCAGAGUAAUAAUUAA